UUUCUCACCUUCUUUUUUUUGCACAUCUAUUUCUUUCAAUUUAUACUUUUACCGCUGUAUACGUCCAAAAUAUGGCCACUACUUGCACUGCUACUAACAACGACGGUCAACAUAUAGAAAAUCGAGUUGAUGUUUUUAUAUCAGGAGCAGGUCCUGUCGGUCUGUUCUUUGCCUACCAGAUGGCGAAGCUUGGUCAUUCAGUCUACAUUUGUGAUCCAAAAAAUGGACCUACCACACAAAGUAGAGCUGUAUUGUUGACACCACGAACAAUGGAAGUCAUGGCAAAUCAUAAUAUUGCGCACCAUCUUCUAAAGGAAGCUAUUGUUGUCCAGGGCGUUCAAAUACACGUCCAAGGAUCCAAAGUCGGCACGAUGGAUGUGACAGGUGAUACGAGCUUUCCUCAAAUGACAUGUCUUGCACAAGACAUAACAGAAACAGUAUUGAUUCGAUUGGUGGGUUCGGAUUGCAUUGCCUGGCACACUCAGUUGAUCGAUUAUUCACAAGACGAGGACCACAUCGAAGCCAUCGUCAGGCAUACAGGGACAGGUUUUGAAACGAAAGUACUCGCAAGGUACAUUAUUGGCGCCGAUGGAUCUCAUUCAGUGGUUCGCAAAAAGACAGAGAAUUGGAAUUUCGUCGGAUAUUCUAUGGCUACUCGAUUUGGCAUGGGCGACGUAGCUCUGACAGGAAAAGAUGCAUCCAAACUACCGUAUACCCGAGCGAAUGGAUUUGUGCAUUCGAAUGGCAUGUGCGGUGCUAUUCCCAUCGGCAAAAGAAACGGCAAACAGUAUUUCCGAGUGGUUGGAAAUCUGGGACCUUACGAAGUAGAUGAGAGCGAUAGAACAACACACGGCGUUGUCCAGGAAGAGCAUGGUUUUACGCUUGAACAACUACAAAAUAUAAUGACCGAACGGCUUCACCCAUUAGAAGUCGUGGCUCAAGAACCUUUGUGGUUGACCGAGUUUCGCAUCAAUGAGCGUAAGGCGAAUGGGUUUCGUCGUAAGCGUGCAUUUUUAAUAGGAGACGCUGCUCAUUGUCAUUCACCAGUGGGCGGUCAAGGUUUGAACCUUGGUCUCCAGGAUGCUGACAACCUUGCUUGGAAGCUGUCAAUUGUCCUGAGAGGUCUGUCUUCUGACGAUGAGAAAAUACUUGACUCUUAUGUUGUCGAGCGUGAGCCUAUCGUUGCGGCAACUUUGCAAACCACAGGGUCUGCAACACGAUUUGCACUUACAAAGGGGCCAAUCUUGUCGGCUGUAGGAUACUUACUUUCUGGAGCACUGUCGUUCGAUAGAAUCAAGAACUACUUCAUUGUACAAAUGAUGCAGGUUCAUGUGCGGCUCCCAAAGGAAUCUCAGUUGUUACACUCUGCCAACUCAAGCAGUAACAAACACAAUAGUACCGACCUGAUUGAACCUGGAAAUUUCAUGCCUGAUACUUCUGUCCUCCGCAAACGUGUGCUGACCAGCAAGCUCGAGCGAUGCACAUUGCACCAAAUUCUUGCAACGGAUACAACCACACAACACGCUGUCAUGUGGAUCAGUAGCCGUCCAUCACGUUUCCCAUCGAAUCCGUUGACACAAGAGUUCUGGACAAAGUUUUUCGAUUCCAAAUACCCGUCAGCUACUGUUCGGCCGAUGGUGAUCGAGUCUACAUGGCAUGUGCAUGAAUCUAAAGCACCAGAAUUUGUACAAGAACAUGGCGAACAAGCAUCAGUCGCAGAGACUGCUUUUUGGUCCGAGGAUCAUUGGGAUACGGAUGGUUCGAUAUCGAAACGUGUUAAUUUGGGGACACACAUGUACGACAAGCCAGAUGUUCCAGCUGCCAUUGUCAUUCUUCGACCCGAUUUAUACGUAGCAUACAGUAAUCUGGUCCGUUCAUCGAGCGAUAUUGACAAAGCAUUUGAGUUUCUUGGCGCGUAUCUGAAAAAGGAAGAUGGUAUGUAGUAGUAGCCACAGCUAGGAUGCUCGAUGUAGUAGUACUAUCAGGAACUACAGCACAUUUCAGAAAGCAUCUUAAUAAAAAUAUGGGCACCAAUAUAUCCCUUGCACGC